UGGAAUGUCUGCCAUUUCAAUGCUCUCCCGAAGUGGCUUCAGGACAACGAAUAUCUCCACAGAGGACACAGACCUCCUCUGCCGUCGUUUUUGGUGUGCUUUAAGUCGGUGUUCAGACUCCACACCGAAACGGGAAACAUAUGGACCCACGGAUUGGGGACAUUCCUCUUCCUCAUACUCUUCGUCUACUCGAUGGUCACCUUCAAGAACAACGAGCGCUCAUUCGUGGACCGACUGAUGCUCGGCAUCUACUUCUGCGGUGCGAUCACAUGCCUGGCCUUCUCGACACUGUUCCACACGUGCAGCUGUCACUCGCGAGAAGUGUCCAAAUUCUGUUCAAAGCUCGACUACUGCGGGAUCUCCAUACAGAUCAUCGGCUCUAUGAUACCGGCGCUCUACUACGGCUUCUACGACAACCGAGUCAUGUAUUUAACGUACAUCACGUUGGGUAUAGUCCUGUGUGUCAUCUCUAUAGUGAUCUCUUUGUGGGACAAAUUCGGUGAACCAAAGUUCCGGCCCUUCCGGACGGCCGUAUUCCUGGCGUUCGGCCUCUCCAACGUCAUCCCCGGCAUCCAUUGGGCCAUUGUCUUGGAGUCGCACCUCAUCGGCGCCUUCCUAUUAUUCAUACUCCAGGGCAUGCUCUAUGUCAUCGGCGCCCUCCUCUACGUUAUCCGAAUACCCGAGCGAUUCUUCCCCGGGAAGUGUGACUAUUGGUUCCAAUCUCACCAAUUGUUCCACAUUUUUGUUGUGAUGGCAGCCAUUGUCCACUUGAAUGGCAUUAAUGGUAUGGCAGAGUUGAGGCUCAAUGAGAUCCAAUCCAUUUCCAUGUCAUAA